CACGGGAGCCAUCAGCCCCCGAGAAUGCCGGAGCCUCGCUCCGCCCACAGUGGGUGGGGUCGGCACUGUAGGGGUUAAGCCCGCCGAGAAGCCCGGGGCUGCUUCCCUCCCAACCCAGGAGUGCGGCUGGGCUGCCUCAGGUUUCCAUCCCUGGGGCAUGACCAUGCAGCUAGGCCCGGCCCUGGUGCUGGGGGUGGCUGUGUGCCUGGGGUGCGGCCAGAGCUGGCUGCAGGCCCCGGAGCGCCCCUUCUCCGUGCUCUGGAACGUGCCCUCGGCACACUGCGAGGCCCGCUUCGGUGUGCGGCUGCCACUGAGCGCCCUGGGCAUCACAGUCAACUGGGGCCAGCACUUCCGUGGCCAGAAUGUCACCAUUUUCUACAAGAACCAGUUCGGCCUGUACCCCUACCUGGGGCCCAGGGGCACGGCUCACAACGGGGGCAUCCCCCAGGCUGUGCCCCUUGACUUGCACCUGGCGCGAGCUGCCUACCAGAUCUGCCACAGCCUGAGGCCCAGCUUUGCUGGCCUGGCAGUGCUGGACUGGGAGGAGUGGUACCCACUCUGGUCUGGGAAUCGGGGCCGCCGCCGAGCCUACCAGGCAGCGUCCCGGGCUUGGGCUCAGCGAAUGUUCCCCGACUGGGACCCUCGGGAGCAGCUCCGCGAAGCCCGUACUGGGUUUGAGCGGGCAGCCCGUGCGCUGAUGGAGGACACACUGCGGCUGGGCCAGGCACUCCGGCCCCAUGGGCUCUGGGGCUUCUAUCGCUAUCCAGCCUGUGGCAAUGGCUGGCACAGUAAGGCUUCCAACUACACGGGCCACUGCCGCGCAGCCACCCUUGCCCGCAACACCCAGCUGCACUGGCUCUGGGACGCCUCCAGCGCCCUCUUCCCCAGCAUCUACCUCCCACCCAGACUGCCACCUGCCUACCGCCAGGCCUUCGUGCGACAUCGCCUGGAGGAGGCCUUCCGCAUGGCCCUGGCGGGGCGCGCGCGCCCCCUGCCUGUCCUGGCCUAUGCCCGCCUCACGUACCGGAGCUCUGGCCGGUUCCUGGCCCAGGAUGACCUUGUGCAGACCAUUGGUGUGAGCGCAGCCCUGGGAGCGGCCGGCGUGGUGCUCUGGGGGGACCUGAGCCUCUCCAGCUCUGAGGAGGAGUGCUGGCGUCUCCAUGACUACCUGGUGGGCACCCUAGGCCCCUAUGUGAUCAAUGUGACCAGGGCAGCCAUGGCGUGCAGUGACCAGAGGUGUCACGGCCACGGGCGCUGUGUCCGGCGAGAUCCAGCACAGAAGGAAGCCUUCCUGCACCUGGGGCCCGACGGCAGCGAUGGAGCUUGGCAGUCCUUCAGAUGCCGCUGUUACUGGGGCUGGGCCGGGCCUGGCUGCCAGGACCCCAGGCUCGGGGCUGCACCUGAAGCAGCGGCGUGAAGCCAGGAGGCCCUUCCCUGCCUCAUCCUGUCUCUGCUCCCGCUUUUCCAGUCCUGGAGGACUCCCGUUCCACUCUUGGGGUCCUGCUCCCAAGCACACACCCCGCUUCUCUCUCGGGUUCAAAGGGGCCUA